AUGAAUAUGGCAGUAACAAGAAAGAAGAUAUACAAGGUUCAGGUGUUUAUAAUGUUUUGGGCUCUUAUGAUAGGAUUAUCUGAGAUUAGCCCCAAUAAAGUAGCAGUAAACUGUUCACAGGAGCCCGUUAAAUUUAGCAUAAAAAGAAGAUAUCCAAGCAGUAAGUUUGGUAUUGAUGAAUAUAAAAGCGGGCUGCGCGUUGGCAAUGUGUCAGAGAAAGUAGAGCUAUUUGAGAGGUUUAUAAGCCGAGACAAAGGCUUGGCUGAUAAAGAGAGCAAUCCUUCAAAAGUACAACGGAAUUCUAUUCUCUUUCCAAAAGAAUCAACCUUUUCGAGGAUACAAAGGGAAUUUGACCCUCCUUCUAGUGAACAUAAAUCUCGUGGUUUUGUAGAUGCCAUAGUACACCCUGAUAAAUCUUAUGAAAUUAUAGAAGCCGGCCCUCUUGAUGAUAGGGGAGAAAGUGAAUAUUACUUUUCAACAAAGUUUAGGGCUUCUACCAGUGAUGAUCAUGCACCCCAAAGACUUGCAGACUAUAUAGAAUAUCCUGAUGGUCCUUCUCAAGUUGCACAAACCAAUUCUGGUAGUGACAGCAGAAAUGAAGUAUACGCUGAUAGCAGACUUAGCAGAUCGUAUGAGGACUUAAGCGCAACGAACGCCAAUCCUGAACAAAACAAGAACGACUCUCAAUCCAGAUAUCUUAGCUAUAAUUCUUUGAACACCAUACAUGAGAAAAUAUCCGAGUAUAACCAUACAUUAGAUAGCGCAAAUGCCAUCUUGGAAGAUCUAGAUAAUGCUUUAGGUGUCGAUACAGACAAUCGUACUGCUGCGUCUUCUAUAAGCAGUGAUAUUGCAUCUACAUAUAGCGCUAUAGAAUAA